GAAGUUGUUUUUUGUUGACGUCUGCUGCAAUGAUAGUUUAGCUACAAUGACUGCUCAGGUGCAUUGGUCUAUGUCGGAAAAAACCUUCGUGGUUCAACUGAUAAAUGAUCGGUACGACGAGUUAUAUUGUCGAUUUAAAGGUGCCACACUUGGUGGCAAAAAAAAGGAACAAACCUGGCAAGAGGUUGCUGAUACCUUCAAUAGCUCCAGUGUCGCACAAUGUUCUAGGACAGUGCGUCAAAUAAAAGACAUGUAUGCGCAGUUGAAAUGUCGAGCCAAAAAAAAAGAGUCUGACAGAAAAGAAACUGGAGUGGGGCCUCCAGCUGUAUUAACCACGGUGGAAGACCUGGUCAUAGAUGGCAUCCGCGACAAACCACAGCUGAUUGGCAUUCCGGGUGGCAUUGAUUCAGGUGAUUGUUAUGCAUGCGUGGCUGAUGUUGCUGAGAUGGCAGACACUGAUGAAGCCUCAGCCAAGUGUACACUAACUGUUGCUGAGUGUAUAUCAAAGCCUGCAACUGCCUUGAAUGUAGCCACUUCUUCAACAUCAAGACCAUCAAAAGAAUCGUUGAAAAAGAGAAAGAGAAACAGAUGCUAUGAAGAAGAGCUACUUGAGCUGGAAACAAGACGUGCACAGGCUGAGUUGGACCUGCUGUUGCAGAGGCAACAGCAGGAAAAACAGCUACAUGAUCUUAGAAUUAAGGUGAUCACAGAGGCUGCAGAGCAAGAGAGACAACUUUUUACUUUAAAAAAAGAGUUGUUAAACUCAAAUAUAAAGUCUGCAAUGGAUCAAGGCCUUCUUUUGUUUGAAUCUUAAACUUAACAUGUUUCUAGGGGCAUAUCGACUGCUAAUAGACAAGUUAAAUAGCUAUUAUUUGCAGAAACAGCUACAUAGGACUGAUUUAUGCAUGUUUUAUUAAUUAAAUGUAUUAAUAAUGUGUGACACUCUAAUAUGAAUAAGUGAAACACCACUUACCAUAAAUAAAGGACCAAGUUUGGUAAAUGAUGAAAGUUCUAUACUGAUGGGCAGCUGGUGUUCUACUUAUUCAUAUUUUAGUGUCAUACAUUAUUUAUACAUUUAAUUCACAUAGCAUGCAUGAAUCAGUCCUUUGUAGCUUUUGCUGCAAAUAAUAUCCAUUUAACUUGUCUGUUAGCAGUCAAUAUGCCCCUUGAAACAUGUUUGACUCAAGAUAUAUUUGUGUCCGGUGAAAUAUUUAAAAUGCAUUUGUCUUUAGCCUUUAGGACACAUUUCUAGUUUCCAAUAUGCCGGUUUAAAUGAAUAAUACUGUCGAUAUGCCUAUUCUAUUGUUCUAACUUGUCUUUCUUGAUCUGCAGCCUCUGUGAUCCUUCUCUUAUC